AUUUGAAACAAUUUAUUUUGAUACUGAUAUUCAACCAUACAAUUUAAAAUAAACAAUAAUGGAAGCAAAAAUCUUAGUGUUGAUGUUGGCGGCACUCGUAUCCGUCUUGUGCAAGCCGUUGGACAUUGAUCAAAGCGAAACUGCAAUAGAGAACAAUCCUGUACACAAAUUGAUCAAGAGGUUCAUUAACCCAUCUUUGACUAUUGGAAGUUUUUCUGGAGCUGACAUUUCAAAAAUUAGAACCAAGAGAGGAUCCGAGGACGAAUGUGAAAAGCUGAAUCUCUGUUUACUCCACGCACGAUCCAAUACAAACUUCUUUGCAGCAUUCGAACUGUACUUCGUAAAUAAAGAGAAUGCUCGUCUAUGGGAUCAUCACGCACGAACACUUUCAGAGUGUCAUCAGCGUUACAGCUGUUACAGAUAAACAAUAUUUUUAGCUUAGUAAAAAUACUUAUUUAUUUCGUAGUAUAAUGAUAGUAAUAUAAAAUAUAUUAAGAA